AUGCUUCUGAAGGCCACCGCAAUUCUCAGAUGGGCAGCUGCAUUGCUCUCGCUAUCGGAGCCAUUUGCAGCUGCUCAUCGUAGCAACUUCACCUAUGACCGUCACAACUUUCUCCUUGAUGGCGCCCCGAUCAAGCUCAUCGGGGGUCAGAUGGACCCCCAGCGUAUCCCGCCUCAGUACUGGACGCAACGACUUCAGAUGGCAAAGGCAAUGGGACUGAACACCAUCUUCUCGUACAUCUUUUGGAAUAACAUUGAGCCCACUCAAGGCGAAUGGAACUUUGAGGGCCGCAAUGACAUUGCUCGAUUCAUGCGGCUUGCCCAACAAGAGGGUUUGUAUGUUGUGCUUCGACCUGGGCCAUAUAUUUGCGGCGAGCGCGAAUGGGGUGGAUUUCCGGCUUGGUUGAGCCAGAUCCCGGGCAUGGCUGUUCGACAGAACAAUAAGCCCUUCCUUGAUGCAUCCCAGAAGUAUCUGGAACAGCUCGGCAAGCAUUUGGUACGGACGCACAUCUCCAAGGGCGGCCCGAUCCUCAUGACACAGCUGGAGAACGAGUAUGGUAGCUUCGGCAACGACAAGGUUUAUCUGCAGGCAUUUGCAGACAUGCUGAAGGCCAAUUUCGAUGGAUUUCUGUACACCAACGAUGGUGGUGGUAAGAGUUACCUCGACGGCGGCACCUUGCAUGGCAUUCUUGCCCAGACAGACGGCGACCCCAGAACCGGCUUUGCGGCCCGAGAUAAAUAUGUAACUGAUCCUACGAUGCUUGGACCUCAGCUGGACGGGGAAUACUAUGUUACAUGGAUUGACGACUGGUCGAGCAACUCGGCUCAUCAGUACACUUCGGGAGAUGCCACCAAAACGAAGAAAGUUCUCGACGAUCUUGACUGGAUUCUCGCUGGCAAUAACUCUUUCAGCAUUUACAUGUUCCACGGAGGCACGAACUGGGGUUUUGAAAACGGCGGUAUCUGGGCCAGCAAUCGACUCAAUGCUGUCACCUCUAGCUACGACUAUGGCGCUCCCCUGGAUGAGAGUGGCCGACCGACAGAGUUAUACCGCCAGAUUCGAGACACCAUCUCCAAGCAUGUCCCUGCUGGCUCCAUCCCAGCUAUCCCUAGUCUGCCCAAUCUGACCACCAUCAAUGACUUCAAGUUGCAGCCUGCGGUGGCUCUAUUCGACACUCGAGACAACAAGCCCACCGUUCAGUCUACUCAUCCUGUAACCAUGGAGAAGUUAGGCCAGGCAUACGGCUUUGUGCUUUACGAGCAUAAGGUUGCCAAUGCCGUUAAAGGCUCCAUCGCUCCUGGUGACGGGCCUCGAGAUCGUGUCCUUGUCUAUGUCAAUGGCGUCAAGGCUGGUGUCAUCGACAAGACGUAUGCAAAGCCCGCGACUGUUAACGUCGACCUCAAGAAGGGUGAUGUGCUGCAACUCUUUGUUGAGAACUUGGGCCGUAUUGACUUCAACCAGCAGCUCAAAGAGCAGCAAAAGGGUAUUGUUGGCAACGUCACUGUUGGAGGAAAGACUGUGCUUGAGGGAUGGUCUGCCUAUUCCCUGCCAUUGACCAAGUUGCCCUCCGCCAUCACAGACAAGAACACCAAGGCGCCUGAAAUCAAGGAUGGACGAACUCCCGUCUUCUACAAGGGGACCUUCAGCCUGCCCAAGGGAACUAACAACGAUCUCAGCGGAGAUACGUUCCUCUCUCUACCCAAUGGCAUCAAGGGCACUGUUUGGGUAAAUGGUAACCACCUGGGUCGUUACUGGGUCGUCGGGCCUCAGCAGAGUCUCUAUAUUCCUGGGGCCUAUCUUCAUGGCGGCAAUCGGCCAAAUGACGUGGUUGUUCUUGAGCUUGAGCCCAAGGCUAAUACGGAAAUGAUUGGUCGUGGGUUGGCUACGAGGGAAUGGGCGAACCAUCCUGACCCUAAUGUUGUUUGA